CCGGAAACGAGACCGGUAAAGCUGAGCUGUCAGACUCAGAUUUUCGGGAAGUCGUGAAGAAGAAUUUGUCCGGAGUUGGAGAUCGUUUUGUCGGACUGACAGGUCGUAUUCCGAACCCUAACACCGAAAGAGUCAAACUUGUAGUCUCGAGUUCUAACAUCCCACCGUCAGCACGAUGCGCAGCCAAGAAGUCCUGUUUGUUGGAUGUGUGUUUCUGGUACUCCUUAUGGACUCCAUCCUGGCUAAGAGAGACUACUACGAAGUUCUAGGUGUGCCAAAGACAGCGACAGAGAAACAGAUCAAGAGAGCUUUCCGCAAGCUUGCUGUCCAGUACCAUCCAGACAAGAACAAGGACCCAGACGCUGAGUCUAAGUUCAGGGAAAUCGCAGAAGCCUAUGAAGUUCUGCAAGAUGCACAGAAGCGGAGAGAAUAUGACCAGUUUGGCUUCAACAAGCCCGGCGGCGGGCCAGGCGGUCCUGGAGGAUUCGGGGACUUCAAAUUCGACUUUAACGACUUCUUCAGCCAUUUCGAUGCAUUCCAGACCCACAAGCAACACGAGCACGCCGGCGCCGGGUUUAACGGGGGAUUUGGCGGCGACAACGGCUUCCGUUUCUCCUUCGGAAACGGCGGAGGUCACUUCUUUGACUUCAAUGACAUCUUUGGAGACGAUGAUGAUGAUGAUGAUGACUUUUUUGGAAGCUUUGGGAACUUUGACAGCAUUCACAACCACUUUAAUCAUUUCGAUGACUUUGACGCCUUCUUUGGAGACCACCAGAGGCCCCACUCACACGCACAUGCAGGUGCACACGCUCAUGCUCAUCACUUUGCACAUAACCAUGGACAGGCCAGGAAUAUGCAGUCCAGAAAUAGUAGGCAAGGUGGAAAAACUUGCAGGACUGUAACACAGAGAGUUGGGAACAUGGUCACAACCUACACUGACUGCUCAGAUCCCUGAACUCUAGGCGUGGCAAAAUCGCACGAUUGCAAGCACUCGUCAACUGUUGACUAUUAUAAUAGUGGUUAAUAUAAGGACAAGUCUUCUGCUGCUACUGUAUCUGCUUCUACCGUUUUCAAAGGGAGUGUGGAUGAUAUUGUUAAGAAUAUAAGUUCAGCUUGCAGUACUUCAAAUUCCUUCAUGAUUUUCUUGUACCAUUUUAGCCAUCUACAGUAGACAGAUCUAUGUUAGAUGUUAUGUUAAACUGGCAAGCUUGUAAGAAUUAUAUUUGGUAAUUCCCAGAGUUAUGCAUAUACAUGUAGAAGAUACAAUGUACUAGUAAUUAAAUACAUUUACAAAGGUUACUCAUCCAGCUUAUGAUGGUUAAAAAUCUUGUCAAUACAACUGGAAAGAGUUUCAGCUGCAUUACAGCAGUCUUCAUCAGUGAAAUUAAAAAAAAACUGACAAUAAUGAAAAAAAAGAUCAGUGGACAGCAGUCAAAACAUCUGAAGCUCUAUUAUUUCCAGUUGUGUCAAAUAAAUCAAUAUUUAAUACUAAUGCAAUAGUUUCAAGUAUUUAUUAGUAACUGUCAAAGAGCUGUUUUCUUUGAGAUUAUUCAAUGCAAACAUUGUGCAGUUGUGUGAAAUUUGACAGAUGUCGUAUUGUCAAUUAUUGGUUCUCCAUUUUUCUGUGUUUGACACAAAUUUUGAAAGGCCAAAGUAUGUACAGUUGCUGCCUUGUCAUGUCUAAAAUGAUCUACUGAUCAUCGAUGAAGGUUAGACAUCCAGAUAAUGAGAACACAAGAAAACUGUUAGUCAAGUAAUUGAACAGAUGUUAAAAACUGUCAGACAUUUCAUAUAGCAUCCAGGUCUUUUCGUUAGUGACCUACUGAAACAACUUUGAAGUUGGAUGUACACGUAAAUUCAACUAUCACUAUGCCUUGGAGGUUUUGACUGUAUAUACUGUGCAACAUGUGUCUAAGAAGAAGUAGAACGUAUGUAAAUAUAAGAGAUUGUAAAGGCACCCAGGUUAUACACAUGAUAAUAAUGUGGUGCACUCCCUUUUGAUAUUUGGGUAAAGGUUAUAACACUCUGAGACACAACUGUAAAACAGUUUAUUUAUCUAUGAUAGCAAAAUAACUGGUGUGGAUGUAUAAGGUGGUCUAUAAUUAUGUUAAAUGUAUAUUGUGAGAUUGCUAAAGCUUGUAUCUUUAUAUUUGGGCACUUGGUGAAGUUUGUAAUGAGCAAAAUGAUAUCACAAUGCAAAAGUAGCAUACAAAUAUGAAGAGGAAUAUUAAAGGUUUCAUGUGUUAUGUCAUCGCUGUCUGUUAAUAAAUCAUU